GUCUUUUAAUGAACUGCUUCCUUGAAAAUUGUCUUUCUGCAGGUGAUGUGUCACCAAUCAGCAUGUCUCCCAUCAGUCAAUCUCAGUUCAUUCCACUCGGGGAAAUCCUUUGCUUGGCCAUCUCAGCAAUGAACUCCGCGAGAAAACCGGUCACCCAGGAAGCGCUGAUGGAGCAUCUGACCACGUGUUUCCCAGGUGUUCCCACCCCAAGCCAAGAGAUUCUACGGCACACGCUCAACACGCUGGUGCGGGAGAGGAAGAUCUACCCAACUCCGGAUGGCUAUUUCAUCGUGACCCCGCAGACUUACUUCAUUACUCCUUCUCUCAUAAGAACUAACAGUAAAUGGUACCAUUUGGAUGAGAGGAUACCUGACAGGUCUCAGUGUACCUCUCCACAACCCGGAACCAUAACGCCCUCUGCCUCAGGCUGCGUCAGGGAAAGAACAUUGCCCAGAAACCACUGCGACUCUUGCCACUGCUGCCGAGAAGACGUGCAUAGCAUGCACGCCUCGACUCUGCAGAGGAAACCUGCCAAGGACUGCAAAGACCCCUAUUGCCCUCCUUCACUCUGCCAGGUGCCACCCACUGACAAGAGCAAAAGUACUGUCAACUUUUCGUAUAAGACAGAAACUCUCUCAAAACCGAAAGAUAGUGAAAAGCAGUCCAAAAAAUUUGGGCUCAAGUUAUUCCGGCUAAGUUUUAAAAAAGAUAAGACCAAACAGCUGGCCAAUUUUUCUGCCCAGUUUCCUCCCGAGGAGUGGCCCCUGCGAGAUGAAGACACGCCAACCACUAUCCCUAGGGAGGUGGAAAUGGAAAUCAUUAGGCGUAUUAACCCGGACUUGACCGUGGAAAAUGUCAUGAGACACACUGCAUUGAUGAAGAAACUUGAAGAAGAGAAAGCACAUCGGAGUAAAGCUGGGUCCUCUGCCCAUCACAGCGGAAGAAGUAAAAAGAGUAGGACUCAUCGAAAGUCCCACGGGAAGUCUCGGUCCCACAGCAAGACACGAGUGUCUAAAGGAGACCCUUCAGAUGGUUCUCAUCUGGAUAUCCCAGGUGACAGAGAGUAUGACUUUUGUGAUCCUCUUACCAGGGCACCCAGGGAGGGCUGCUUCAUCAUUGAACACAAAGGAGAUAACUUCAUCAUGCAUAGUAACACGAACGUGAUUGAGUCUCAUUUCCCCAUGACACCAGAAUGGGAUGUGUCUGGGGAAUUGGCCAAAAGGAGAACUGAGAUGCCUUUUCCUGAACCUUCCAGGGGAAGCUCCCACUCAAAAGUGCACCGAAGCCACAGCCAUACCCAGGACCGAAGGUCCAGGAAUGAGAGAUCCAACAAAGCCAAGGAGAGAUCCAGAUCGAUGGAUAACUCAAAGGGCCCUCUGGGUGCUUCUUCUCUAGGGACCCCUGAAGACCUGGCUGAAGGCUGCAGCCAAGACGACCAAACCCCCAGCCAGUCCUACAUUGACGACAGUACGUUAAGGCCCACACAAGCAAUUGGCCAUCAAAGGGCUCAUGUGUCAUCCACGAGCUAUAAAGAGGUGUGUAUUCCAGAAAUAGUCAGUGGCAGCAAGGAGCCUUCCAGUGCUUGUAGCCUCUUGGAGCCAGGAAAACCACCUGAGAGUUUGCCAUCCUAUGGGGAACUCAACUCUUGUCCAACAAAAACAGCUACAGAUGACUAUUUCCAGUGCAACACCUCCAGUGAGACGGUCCUCACGGCACCAUCACCUCUGGGAAAGAAUAAAGAGGAUCAUGACACUCUGACUCUGGCGGAAGGGGUGAAAAAGCUGCCUCUGUCUGAUAGGCAGGCCCCGCAUUCUUCCAGGGAGCCUGUGGGGCACAAGGAGGGGUCACCGAAAGGGCCAGGUGGGGGCCCAGCUGUUUCGGGCCCAGUGGCAGAAGGGAUCGCCAAUGGACGCCUUGUCCAGCACCACAGCGCCGAGCCCAGCAGCCUGGACAAGAGGAAAGAGAUAUUCAGCAAAGACACACUGUUCAAACCUCUUCACAGCACCUUGUCUGUAAACAGCUAUCACAAAUCGAGCCUGUCCCUCCUCAAAUCUCUCCCGAAGACACCUGCCGACACACUGCCAGGCCGAUGCGAGAAACUGGAGCCGUCCCUGGGGACCUCGGUGGCACCAGCCAUUCCUGGUUCCCAGCGUCAGCAGGAGUCCGGGGGGAACCAGGAAGCCUCUUUUGACUAUUACAAUGUCUCUGAUGACGACGACUCUGAGGAAGGGGCAAACAAAAACACAGAGGAGGAAAAAAACAGAGAUGAUGUAGGCACCAUGCAGUGGCUCCUUGAGAGGGAGAAGGAAAGAGACUUACAGAGGAAAUUUGAGAAGAACCUCACCCUCCUUGCCCCAAAAGAAACCGACAGCAGCAGCAACCAGAGAGCCACGCAUUCGGCACGCCUCGACAGCAUGGACAGCAGCAGCAUCACUGUGGACAGUGGAUUCAACUCCCCACGCACUCGGGAGAGCCUGGCUUCCAACACGUCAAGCAUUGUUGAAAGUAACCGUCGUCAGAACGUUACCUUGAGCCCGGUGCACGGUGGGGCUGGUCCGGCUUUCAGCUUCCGAGCAAGUACGGACCCCGCGACGAACGAAGCUGAGAAAUUACAGAAACCUUCCAACUGCUUGCAGGCUUCUGUUACCAGUGUGUGACUGUCGUUCUGCCUCAGAUGUCCUGGCUCCUCCGACACAGCCAAGUUUACGACACUGGGACUGAUGUUUACAUCUUGGGAAAGACGAGCAUCUCGACCGCAGUUUUUGUGUUUACUUAAACUGUGCCGCUGAGUAGGCUAGGGCAAAAAACAAAAAUCUUUAUUUCGGAGUAUUGCUUUUCACAUGUAUGGCUCUGUAGCAACCGAAUAGCAGUAGUAGGGGUGAUAUGUAUACUUUUGCUUCACUACUUGUAACUGAGCACACAUAGGAAAGUCUAGACACUGUAAGUGUGAUAUGCAUUCCAAUGUCAUGAAGUUGCCAAUUCCAUUUUUAAAUGCCACAGAUGUGUGUUGCUCCCAGUCUGUGGUCAGAGGGUGCCACGGAACUGAUCCUUGACACUUCCAAAAACAAAAACAAAAAAAACAAAAACAAAAAAAGCGUAAGCCACCACAAAACGUCAAAUGCGAGGGUCCGCCUUGAGGGAGAUCAAGGUCAGACUGACCAGAAGGGACCCCGGCCCCUUGUGUGUGAAUUGUUCAUGCACCAGUCAUUUCUCACUGUGAGUUUUCGUGACAUGAUUUUGCAGGAGCCCGUGGAAGUGUGUCAGAAGGGGUCGUGAUCGAAAUUCUGGGAGUGUCUGUUUUCAGGAUUUUGUUUUUAAGUGUAACAGAUGCUUGUCUGAGUUUUUAACCUUCCAUAAUCACAAACAGGAAUAUAGGCCUUUGAUUCUGAAGUGGACGAAGGAAGGGGAUCCCCAGCCUGGCUGGGGCACAGCACUGAGUGAUGGAAGAGGGAAAUGUGGACUCUUAACUGGUGUUAAUCAAAUAUUUAAGGAAGAUAAUUUCCUCCUUGUGAUACUUAUGAUGAUCCUAUCUUACUAUAAUAGAUAACGAUAAUUAGUUUGUUUAAAAGCAAAAUGUUCUUUGUGAUACAAAUGAAGAGUAUGGCCUGGGGAUGUUAUUCUUUCUAAUGGAAGGACAUUAAUCUAUUUUAUGUAGUUUUAAAUAGAAUGCCUAAAUUAGGCUAUGGGAGAUCAUUUUUAGUGGUUAUAGGAAAGAGCAAAUUUAGGGAGAGUUGAACUUCAGGCCUUUUAUUCCUGGAAAGAUAUCUAUAGAGAAAACUUUAAAAAGUAAUUUUUGAUUAGAACUAUACAUGUGCCCAUGUACUUACCAACAGGAUGUGCUCAUUCUGCAAGUAUGGUAUAAUCCAAACUUGUACUCCCCCCAAAAAUCUAUCAGAAUGACAAUUAUGCAUACAUGAACUAUGCCAGAGUGAUGUUUACAGAUACUUUGUAACCAAUUUCAGGAGGCGUUUUUAGGCGGAUGUAUAGUUAUUGGCCCAACUUAUUUCAGAAUGGUUUGUUAACGUUUUGCUUUGGUUUACAACAUCAUGUUGAAUAUGGAGAAGACUCUUAGCAGCAAAGGAAUACAAAUAACCGGGCUUCCACUUUACAGAGAAGAGACACUUCCAAGUUCCCCCAUUUUAUUGAGAACCAUGGUAGAUACUGAACAGGUAUUUGCAGAAGGGUUACAUGUGACACAAGUAAAGUCUGGCAAAACGUUUUAGUUUAGUGGCACGUGAUGUUUGGAGCCACAGACCGUAAAAUACAUACCCAAAAAUAAAUCUAAAGUCUUUCCGCCUCGGACUUCAGUAAUUGGCAUAAAAAUGUGUGACACAUUUCUGCUUCAGUAUUAGGUUCAAUCCCUAGGGAUCUGUUUAAGGAACGCAGUCCUACACAUAGUUGGACUGAUUCUUGAAACAUAUGGAUACUCCCUCAUGCGUUUUCAGAUAUUUGCAAGUUGCAUUGAGUCAAACUGGACUCAUCAAGCUUAGAUUCCUUUUUUUUAUGCCUCUGGUGAAACGUCAGCACGUUUCUUGGUAAGCCCCUAUGCCACUAAAAUGCUUAGGUCAGUUGGCUUUGAGUCUCAUGCCUUAUUUCUUCCAAGGCAUGCCCUGAUUUCCCAGAAAUGAACUAUUUGUCUCAUGGCUUAAAUAUGUCCGGAAGGAAUGAUAAUGUAUCUAAUAGACUAUACACAGAGUCUAUUUCCUUGGGGAGGCGUAUACCAUACGGAUACUAAAUUCUUCUGUCUAAAUUCGUUUUGGGUUUUUUUUCCCCCCAAAAAAACCUGCUCUCAAGUGCUGAAUCAUACCAUCAGUUCAUAAAUAACGUAACCAUUGAAACAAUACAUCAGCCUCUAGUUGAUCCUCUGAAAAUGGCCAUUAUUAUAAUCAAAUGCUGUGUGGACAGGAAAGGAAAGCAUUACCCUUUAAGAGAAGCUUUAAAAUAUGACUUUAUCAAUAGUUCACAAGAAAUAGGUUUACAGAAGAUGUUAUUCAAAUAAAACGUGUAUACCAUUAGCCUGAUGCUACGGGGUACGUGAUUUUAAAAACAACCAGAAACUCCCUUAGACCUGGAGCCAUUAGUGUAGAAAAGAUGGGCUUUAAAGACCGUACGAUGGAAGCAGACAUUCCGUGUGGAAAUAUCCCUGUCUGAAUCUAAUCAGGAUUCUUGGAUGGGGGAGGAGUGAGGCGGCAGGAAGCGUGUUACAGAUGUGACCCGAGAUGGUCAACGGCGAGCUUCUCAGUGACCAAACGCUCGGCCCGCACCAACGUUGCCAGCACCCGUUUCCUCCCCUGCGCUGAUAGCUUUGUGUUACAUGGCUGCUUAUCCAGUCUUCGCUUAGAGUUUCUUAGCUGGAAGGUUUACAAAACUGAAUCUGGUUGAAUCUCUGCGUAGCGUUCAACUUUCAAGGGUCAACCCAUCUGUCGGCAUUUUGCACACGUAUGUAUUAUUAUGAUACAGCAUAUUACUUUAUGGUAAUUUUUAUUUUUACAUAGAACUACCUCCAUAAAUUUGAUGAAGCGGCAGCAGUGUGUUCAAGUGUAUUGUUCAGAAAAGCAAAGUUGAAAACUUUCGUAAACAUUCGGCCAUGGCGUUCUGUGUGUGUGUCAGUGGCUGCCCGUGUGGGCUAGUGACUUUUUCAUGGCCGUGGUUUUGUUUUACGGCAUUAUUUCGCUUUCAGAUGUAAACCUGUCUCUCCUCUCUAUCCCACAAAAGCACACUCGAUUUUGUUACGAACGAAACGAAGUUGAAAUUUCUUGUCUUUCCACCCCACCCCACCCCACCCACCCCAUUCCUGCCAAGAGUUCUCUCUGGCAAAGAGCCGAUUGGUACACAUAAUUUAGCCAGCUCUCUACUCCUGAAAGAAUCCGAUUUGAAUUCUAGGUUUUCAGUAGAAGUCACACCAGAUAUGUGGACCGUGCCGGCUUUGAAGUACUUUGGGCCUCGCUGCUUUCACGCACACACUACCAUAUCGAGCCCAAACUUCAUUUUAAUUAAAAGAGCAGUGCUGUGUACUCACCACGUGUGCUAAAUAAUUUGUAUUCCAUUUUCUAUAUUUUGCACAUCUCAGGGGACCUUAAUGAGCAUAUGAAAAGGGGGGUGCCAUCAAAUAGAGAAAACUAACAGAAGAGCUGAAUGGGGACCAAGCAGGAUAAAAAUACCAAAUUACUGCUUCUCUGAUGUUGUGAAGCUCAAGUUCAGGAAGCAUAAAUUGAAAGUUAAGCUGAAGUAACGAUGAUCUGAACACCAGCUGUUCCCAAGUCUCCCUUUCUUAGAGCCCAGCCAGUGGUUCGAAGAUGUAAAUUUAAAUUAUAUCGCGAUCGCCAUGGGGAAGAAAAAACCCUGUUUGAUGAGAAGAAAAGCAUUGUGCGUUUUUUGUUUGUUUUUUUUUUUUUUUAGGUUGGCACAGCUCUGUAAAACCCUACCCAGGACGAACCACAUAUUGCCACCAAGUGUACUUGAAAAUAAAGUUUUUAACUUAAAUUAUAGGCGUCUUGCUCACUAUACAAUAGUGAACCUAUUUUGAAAAGUCUCGCCAUUUAUAACAUGGGCAGCAUUUGGAGCUUGAUUAAAAGCCAACAAACUAUCAUGACUUUGCCCGUUCAUUUUGGGAUCGCAAAGUGCUUGCAAAACAUUCAGAUUGACAAUUAACAAAGCAGGUCCUGUUUGUAACACCCAUACUUGAAAUGGACAAACAGAAGCAGUGACUUAAGAUUACCCAGAAACUCAGUGGCAGCUACCAGUGACCUAUUUUCUAACUGAUAGACCAUCAUGAGAAAUCACUAAAUACAAUGCUGUUUUUUCUGAUGUGUGCUAAUAAAGUCAAAGGAAACAAACACAACUGUACACUUUUGUCCAUUUUCAUUCAAAAAGUUCAGGGUGUUUGGAAUUUUACAAAAUCCACCCAAUGCCAUUGCGGUCAGAGGCAGAUCCCAGACAUACACCCUAGUUUACAGUUUCCUCUUAGGCUUCUUUAAUUCCUGUGCUAAAAUACCAUCUUUCAGGAACAUGUGCUCCUGGCAGUGGAAGGUGCUGAAACAGAAAUCGUAAUUUAGAACUUUAUCAAGUACUCUUCACAGUGCUACUUUCAGCACAACAGAAAUUCAGUACAACGUAUUGAGUCCUACCUGUAAGAAUCUGGAUUUCCGAGGGAGCUGAUCUAGUUCUAAGUGUUUUCUCAAACUAGGAGAUAUCAGAUCCUUGCUGGGGACCUUCUCCAUUGCCACGGGCCAGGCACAGAACCAGCCGGAAGCAUGCUGUCAGGCGACAGCAGACCCCAAGCAGAAGCGAUCCCGCCUUUUCCCGUCCCUCCCCGCCCUCCUCCCCCACCUCGCCCAGUACUGUCCUGCCCAUUCUCUUCUUUCUCUUCUGUUCUCGAGACAUGCUUCUGCACGUGUUUAGGCUCAGGGAAGCCAGGACACAGGAAGGACGAAUGCAAAAGCAAGGAAACCACUGUUUUGCUUUGGGUUAAUAAAAUAUGGGCAGGAAGGAGAUUACGAUCAGUCUGAUCUUUGCCAAGUAAGAUAAAACAAUCAGCUGUCACUCAGUCAUUCUCCCAGAAGGUUCUACAGUAUUAAGGAUACAUCUAAUAUUUUCCCAUAGAUUUUUAUUUAGGAGACAUUUCAUAAAUUAUAUAUACGAAAAAUUUCAUGAUUAAAUUUCCCAGUGUGUUGAAAAUAGGCACUGGCAUGUCCCUGAUUGAGUUAAUCUCCGCGUCUUUUUUAGCAGCAUCCCAGAGAGAGUCCCUAGUGAUUGCUCCUCCAACACAUAAUCCUGUGUUUUCACAGUUGUUCUAUGACUUACAGUUGCUGAUUUGCAAGGUAGAGAAUUCUACGAGGCUCAUGGGGGACUAAACUUUCUUAUGAUUGUAUAUUACCAGUUAUAGGGCUUUAAUUGCUCAUUGUUGGCUGCAGAUGUGAACACACAUACGCACACACGCACACACACCCUGCCAACGAGGGAAGGGGGAGUUUCACGAGUGAGGCAGCAGUGACCCUGGAAGCAAACGUAAGGCUAGAGGCUUGGCCUGUCCACGUACAGUGCCUACGCCUCCCUGUCCAAAGGCUGACCUUGGCACCCCGUUCCUUGCUCCCACCAAAAAGAGGUACCAAAUCUGAGAUCUGAGAACUCCUCCAGUGUCAGUCCUCUGCAGUUACGGAAGAUUCAUGAAGUCCACACUCAGCAGCUUCUUGCCUGCCUUUCCUCGGAGGUCCUGCCUCCCUGCCUCCUUCCCGUUCCCCCUCCUAGAUACCGAUACACCGCCACGGUUUCCACACCGGAAGCGCAAAACAGCGUGUGGUACCGUGCACACGUGAUGGGGUAGGACUAGAGCUGCCCUAGGGUCACCUUCAUGUAAGUAUUGACAGCUACAAAUUAAGGUCCUUAGAGUAGUUGACAUAGAUACUACUUUCUAGAAGAGAAUUAAAUUUCAACAUUAAGUUUAAAGGGAUCAUAAUUCUGCAGGUAUCUUUCUCUGAGUGACUGAAUGUGACUAUUGCAUUAGGGUAAAUGAAUUAAGAAGUGCAAGUGGGAUUUACUGUAUGUUAGAAAGGAGUUUUGCAGCCAAGACUGCCUUGAAUAAAAUGUGUUUGCACUGAAAAAAAAAAAAAAAACUUUAAAUUACUUGGUCUCUGGUUGCUGUAAAGGUCAUCCAAGAUGGAUGUUCUGUUUAUAUUGUAUAGUAUUUCAUAUGAAAUAAUUACAGUUCAUGAAAUGUCUUCCCUAAUGUUACUGAUUUAUGACAGCACAUUUGUAACAUGGUUUUUAUCGUGCCGGUGUGCCAUAUUGUAAAUGAUGAUUGACUUGUCAUGCUUAGUAUAAUAACUUAAAAGGAAAAAAAAGCACAGGGAUUUUUGUAAGUCUAUAUUUGAAAGUCCCUCCAUAUGGUAAUAUUGUGUUCAUGUUGUUUAUGUAGUGUUGUGUGAAAUAUCCAUUUUGGAUUGUGUUACUUUUUAAGAUAUUAAAUAACAUUUGGUUAUA